GUAUCGAAUACAGAAGAAUCACGGAAGCUCGCUCGCUCGAACCGAUUCCGUUGAAAGCACGAGUCCUUUAACUAAUAGCCGGCCAGAAAGAAAGUGAAGAACUAGAGAGAGAGAGAGAGAGAGAGAGAGAGAGAGAGAGAAAGAGAAAGGUGAGCAUUAAUGGCGUCAGGGAAGCAAGUGAUGGUGAUCGGGGCAGACGACAGCGAGGAGAGCCAUUACGCUCUGGAAUGGACUUUGGAUCACUUCUUCAAGCCUUUCGGCGGCGACACAGCUCCGUUCAAGCUCAUCAUCGUCCACGCCAAGCCAUCGGUUUCCUCCGUGGUUGGCUUCGUCGGCCCCGCAGCGGCGGAGGUUCUGCCGAUCGUGGACGCUGAUUUGAAGAAGAUGGCUGCCCGUGUAACUGAGAAGGCCAAGGAAUUUUGCGCUUCUAAAUCGGUGACCGAUGUGGUCGUGGAGGUUAUGGAAGGAGAUGCUAGGAACGUUCUGUGUGAGGCUGUUGAAAGACACCACGCAUCCAUCUUGGUUGUGGGAAGUCAUGGCUAUGGAGCCAUCAAAAGGGCGGUUCUAGGAAGCGUAAGCGACUACUGCGCUCAUCACGCUCACUGCACCGUGAUGAUUGUGAAGAAGCCAAAAACCAAGCAGUGAGUGGCCUCUGGGUUCAGUUAAGCACAACGAACACAUAUGUGUUGAAAAAUUACGAUAUUUAGAUAAUCAAUUUGUCCCCUUGAGGUUGAAUCUUGAAAGGUUAUAUGUAUAUAUACUUUGUACUUAUGGUUUGAUCGUUCAAAAUUCAGAGUAUGGCAUGUAUUUUAUAGGUUGAAAGAUGAAGGUUUCAAA